UGCGCUCCUGCAAAUGAAUGGCGGAAGUUAGUUGUUGUGUUGUAUUACUGUUUGGAAACAAAGUCAAAAAGACUGUGGAAGGAAAUAUUAUAGCGUUUGAAUGAAAGUAAUGUUUUUUUUUUAUAACGAUUACAAAAAUUACACGGCUUUGAUUACAGCAUCAGCGUUAAAAAGCGUGAUUAUAGAAGUUGAAAUGUUUUCCAUAUCUCCUUAGGAUAUUAAAUCCGUCUUAUUAGUUUAUCGUAAGGUACACCAAAUAACACUUUGCCCGUUACUACCAGAUUACACCAGAGAGUACAAACUGCCCUCUCAACAAGCAUCGCUCCUUUGUGUGAAUUAUGGAACUGUUUAAAUGUCAGAGACGAUGAGGGGAAACGCAGGCAGCUCGCCUCAAACUGACGAGGGCGGCAUGGAUGAGGAUGUCCUCCCGGCUAAGCGACAGGCUCUCUCCCGGCGAAACCUAAGCAGAUCCGGGGACGGGCUCCGUCCUGUAGACGUGUCCAUCAUACUGCCUGUUCACAAUGCGGCCUGCUGGCUGGAUGAGUGUCUGAGAUCUGUCUUGGAGCAGGACUUUCAGGGAACUAUGGAGCUGUCUGUUUUCAAUGAUGCCAGUAAGGAUGACUCACAAGCCAUUAUUGAGAAAUGGACAGCCAGCCUGGAGCGCAGAGGGAUUUCCACUGUGGUUUCAGGACACCACUCCCUUCUGCCCAGAGGAGUUGGUUAUGCAAAGAACCAGGCAGUGGCUAAGAGCAGAGGAGAGAAUCUAUGCUUCCUUGAUGCGGAUGACGUCAUGAUGCCUCAGAGGGUCCGACUGCAGCACCAGGCUACCCUAGAUCACCCCAACUGCAUCGUUGGCUGUCGGGUGAAGAGGCAGCCGGAUGGCUCAACGGAGCGCUACACCCGCUGGAUCAACAGCCUGACCCCAGAGCAACUCCUGACUCAGGCCUACACCUCCCACGGCCCUACUGUCAUCAUGCCCACCUGGUUCUGUACCCGGAGCUGGUUUGAGCACGUUGGCAAGUUUGACGAGGGAGGAAAGGGAGUCCCGGAGGACCUGCUGUUUUUUUACGCCAGCCUGCGGAAGGGAGGAGGGCUGCUCCGUGUGGACGAGUGUCUGCUGACCUACCGGUACCACCCCCAGGCUGCCAGCUUGGCCGUGCACGAGGAGACAAUCUGGAGCCACAGAGUGGUCUUCUUGCAGGAGCGCAUCCUCUGCCAGUGGGAUUCUUUCACUAUCUGGAAUGCUGGGAAACAGGGGCGCAAGCUGUACCGCAGCCUGUCCCCAGCUAAUCAGAGCAAGGUCAUUGCCUUCUGUGAUGUUGAUGAAAGUAAAAUAAAGAAGGGCUAUUACACCUAUGAGGAUUCGAAGGAGAGGCCCAAGCCCAGAAUUCCAGUCAAGCACUUCAGAGAUGCCUCUCCCCCGUUCAUCAUCUGCGUGAAGCUGGAUAUGACAGGUGGAGUUUUGGAAGACAACCUGCGCUCUCUUAACCUGAAAGAAGGGUUAGACUACUAUCAUUUCAACUGAAGAAAGAAAAAGGAAGAAAGGGAGAGAGUAGGGCUUGGAAAUCCAGAGAAUACAGCACUAUGGAUUCCACAGUGCUUGGGGAGUGAGGAGAGUCUGGCUCUGCAAGAAAGACUCCUUUCUUGCAGAGAGCACCUGAGCUGAGUCCUGUCCCACCAGAGACAGACAGCAGCACACCAGAAACACUAUAUCCAGGCCACCUCCGUCCCUGCGAGCUGGACUCAAGACAAAAUGAAUGUGCUUGAAAAUGAAUAAGACUAUAGUGCAUUUUUUACGUUGCACGCAAACGUUACUCAAACAGAUUACUAAAUUACCCCCUCCACUCGCCUGCCCAGUCAAGCGAUGUCAUCUCUCCAAUGCAGAACAUUUGGAUGGACGAUUAUGCUGAUGUUCUGUUGUGCUCAUUAAACAAAAUAAAAAGCUUCAAAGUC